GGAGAGUGGAGUAAUUCCAGCUCUCUUUAAAACAACUUCUCAGCACGGAAUACGUCCUGGAGUUUGGCACUGGCGUCCUCAGCCCCAGCGCGUCUAUCUGUGCUUUUAUCUGUGGACUGCAGAGGGAUUAUUGCUUCCACGCAAUGAAAGAAAACAUUGGGAUUUGAAUGUAGAGGGGAUUAUUUCGGGGGUGACGGAACUUCACCGAUGUGUCGGCACCGGAUUUUAAGGAUCUAGGGUUCCCAAAGCCCAAGAAAAAAAAAAAAAAAAAAAAACUGGCAAACUUUUGGAUGGAUGAUUUCUGCUGCCCAUUUUGUUGCUUAGUUCAUGUGGACUUGUAUUGCACAUCGCUGGGUCUAGCUGUGGUGUUGGGGCUGUGUGCGGGAUCUCCACAGCUUGGGGGGCGGCAGGCUUUUUGAGAGCUGGCAAAAGUUGUGUCUUAAUUGAGUUGGCGACAGCAGGUCACUAAGCAGUGACUGUGUGGAGCCUUCACCUUGUGCAGACGUUUUGCCGCAGUUUAAUGCAACAUAUGAGAGAAUAUUAUUUUCUAAUGCUGCGGGAUAGCGAUAAAUCUGUGUCCUCCGGCUGCGCAUGUUGUGCGCACCGCACAAAAAUCCUUGAUCUUGUGCGGCGAGUCUAAAUCGAUGUGGCAUCUCCCCAGACCAGGACUGGACCGAUACGACACAUCCAAAACUGUCUAGGUUGUCGUAUGUUCAGGUCGAAACGCUCAGGUCUUGUACGGCGACUGUGGAGAAGCCGUCUGGUCACCGAGAGCGACGGGCGAGAUGGAAGCAGACGAGGUGAGGGGGGUCGGGAUGGUCAGUGUGGCAGAAACACAGGAAAGCUUCUCAGAACGGAGCAGCGGUCGGUGACCCGGGCUGACCCGGCACUGGGACCUCUGGGGGAGGCUGGAGACCUGACCGAGAGCGCCGAGAAGGAGGAAGAGGAGCAUCCAGAUGAUGACCGGGGUGCCAUGUGCGUCCCGGAGCAUCGAGGCUCACGGCGGGGCCGAGAGGAUGACAGCAGGACGGUGACGUGUUGUUUGUUUGGGGAAUGGGAUAUGAGACCUCGGAGCCCCUAUUGGGCCCUGGGGAAGGACGGAGGGGGCCCUUAUCAGUGCGCUCCGAGGCAUUCGGGGCUUGAGGAGGAACUCAAGAGCCUUGCUUACGCUCUUUUGAAAAGACUAAAGGAGAAACCUCUGGAUGCCUUGCUGAAGGCUGUAGAGACCAAAGGCGGGAUACCCAGUGAAUGUGUCAUGGUGCCACGGGCUGAUCUGCGGCUGGGUGGUCAUCACGUUUCUCCACAGUAUCUCCUUUGUAAGCUCUUCCGCUGGAGCGACCUGCAGCUCUCAGCCCGGCUCAAAGCGCUGUGCCACUGUCAAAGUUUCGGCGCAGUGGACAGCGCAAAGGUGUGCUGCAACCCCUAUCACUACAGCCGCUUAUGUGGGCCAGAAUCACCUCCUCCCCCGUAUUCUCUGUCCCGUUCAGAUGAACACAAGCCACUGGACUCAACUCUGUCUUACACUGAAACCGCGCCCCCCCACUACCCCAGCCCGCCUCACAUUACGCCAAGAGACUACACAGACACUGGUACCUCCCUCGGCUCCUCGACCUCCGGCGGACAUCGCUCCCACUGGUGCAGCGUCGCCUACUGGGAGCAGCGGACACGUGUGGGUCGCCUCUACCCGGCCCACGAGCCCUCACUCAGCAUCUUCUACGACCUACCUCAGGGCACAGGCCUUUGCCUGGGCCAGCUCCACGCCAACGCCUACCACAGUCGCCAUGACGACGCGGGUAACCACAGCAUCCAGGCACUCCACAGCAGCAGCAGCAGCCGUAGCGGAGGAAGCGGCGGAAGCUGCGUGCAACAGAUACGCAGCAAAAUCGGCUACGGCAUCGUGCUGAGCCGCGAGCCGGACGGGGUCUGGGUGUACAAUCGCAGCCAGCACCCGGUGUUUGUGCAUUCACCCACUCUGGACUUACCCAGCACCAGAGGGCUGAGCGUAAAGAGGGUGAUGCCGGGCUACUCCCUCAAAGUGUUUGACUAUGAGCGCUCCAGCUGGAUAGUGGAGCGUGGUGUGAAACCCGAGUGCCAGGAAGGGCCCUGGGACCCGCACAGCGUCCGUAUCAGUUUUGCUAAGGGCUGGGGCCCCUGCUACUCCAGACAGUUCAUCACCUCCUGUCCCUGCUGGCUGGAGGUGCUGCUCAACAACCACAGAUAGCACACACACACACACACACACACACACACACAUACACACAAACAUGCAAACUCAUACAAACAUGCAAACAAGCUAAUACCCAGACUCUGACAAUCAUACACAAAUACACAAACACGACACACGCACACAUACAGAUUCACAUGAGGUUUCUUAACCAAGUAUCCUAAUUGUAAUCUACCUAGAUUUAAUAUAAAACUUUAUAUAUUAUAUAAAAUAUAUUAUACAUGUAAAUACUUGAGUCAUUUUUACAAUGCAAUUAUUUAUGUAUAGUGUAAUGUGUAUAUGGACGAAAUAAAGGAACAGGAAUAUGCACUUUUGAUUCUAUAUAUGCAUUUCAGAGUUUCUCAGUGUCAUUUUUUUUUGCAAGUAUGCAAAAGUAAGACAAAGCAGGUUUAUGUUCUCAUGACUUAGCGAUUCCCUCAAAAAGUAUGCCAUACACACAUUGACAAUAAAA